GUGAUUUCCAUUUCAGAUCGUCAUCUACUUUUUCUAGUAUUUUCGAUAUAAAAGGCAGUAUGCUUAUUGGUCUAUAGUUUGUAAAACGUUGCUUAUCCCCUGCUUUAAAAAUUGGUUUUAUAACCGCCGUUUUCAAAGGGCGAGGAAACACGUUUUGGCGUAAGCAUAAAUUCAAGAGAAAGACAAGCUCUCUUAGGACAGUCUGCCGGAGCGGCCUGACAGCAGCGUCGUGCCCCUAUCGCUCCUCCUGUCGGCGACAGGCGGCGGAUGGCCGUCCUUAUCUCGACCGGGACCGAUACACUUGCACGAGUGCUAGCUGAUUGGGUCAGUCCGCGUGAGACGGUCCCGUUGGUCAGACAUGUCGCGUGCGGAGCUAUUUGGGGCCAGGAAGAAGGAGCGUGAAAAAAGACUGUUGGGUACGUUACAACCAUCGGUGAAGGAAUUGGAAAAGAAAUGGGGUUCGAAACUGCACUUAGUCCCUGACACCUUACUCCUGGCGGGCGAAGUAGUCGAUAAUACCGGGCGUGGCUGGAUGGGGAACAACGUCAAGAAUGAGGCGCAUGACGCGCUCACUUGUCUGUUGUGGGAGCCGCUGUUGGCGUCCCUGCAGGACCCGACGAUCAUCUCCAGCGAGCGGUGUCAGCACUGUCAGCCAGAGCUGCCAGUCAACAUCGUCUCGGUCAACAGAUCGGGCAGUGGCGCCGAGGGCCUGUCGGACGUCAAAGUCGGGAGAGGGGGGACAUCGGACUUCGAUGUCAUGUUUGAGUUCGGCUGCCCCUUCAACUGGGCAGGAGCAGGGGCGGAGCCAGCCAUCAUCAGCCCGCAGUCUGCACCACAGCUGUGGGCGAAACCGACCGACAAUAUCGGCUUUGUGACCUUGUACUGGGUGCCGACAACCGAGUGUCGCCACAUGACGGCGCUGGAUGCCUUUCCGACCAACUCCCUCCGUUCACUCAUGCUCAACAUCUGCCAAGUCAUGACGAACGGUGAGAUAACAAUCGCCGGCCCAGCGGUCAAUGUUCAGCAGCCAUGUGAUCCAUCGAGUGAAGGCAUUGACUACGUAGCCUGCCUACGUGCGCGCGGGUGGUGGCCGGCGGACGACUGGCUGGAAGGCAACCGCCAAAGACGGACUGACUUCCCUCCAUCGGCGGUGCGCGACAACAUCCGGGAGUUCGGCGUACAUCUUGUACCAACCGGCAGAAAGGGCAGCCCCACAGAGCGAAAGGAGUAUCGGAUUUCCUUAUCGCGGGCAGAGAUAGUCGCCGCCCGCUUCCUCCAUCCGGUGCAGCGGACGGUCAUCAAGACUAUGAAAGGAAUGAAGCAAAUUGUGAAGGAGAAAUGGGGCAAGGACCUUACAGAAGGCUUGAAAUCGUAUUUUAUUAAAACUUCUAUGCUCUGGCUGGCUCAAGACACACCCAUGAAAUCGUGGACAAACAUCACUGAUGGUGUCCACAGAGUCCUCGACUGGCUUGAAGAGCACCUUGCCCCCGGCACCACUAUGCCAUGCUUCUUCUAUGCUGCAAUCGACGUGGCAGCGGAACUCACCCCGGAACAGCGGCAAAACGCCAUCAACGCCGUAAAGCUUAUGAGAACACACGCCACCAGACUGAUGCUAGAGCUGUGCAUGAACGAGAAGAGGGACUUCAGCGUCCUGACCGAGGACGAUGCGAAGCCGCCCUCGGAGCGCCAGCUGCGUCGCCGGCUGGCACGGAUACUGCUCCGUGAUGCGGUCGUCAACGGUACCCUCCAUCGGCCUACGGCGCCCUGCUGGGAGAGCUGGGUGAAAAGCGUCAUCCCUUCAUUGAUCCGGGCGGCUCAGACAUGCAUGCUACAGUGGUGUUUCCACCGCACUUCAGGUACCAACUGGCAGCAGUGUUACAUGCUCAUGGCAUGGAGCGUUCUCGACCGGCAGGACCUGGCGGGAGCGAAGCAGCCGACAUCGCCGUCUGACGAAGUCGUGACGUUGGACGCUGCUCCGCUGAUGGCUAUCCUCACCGCAUCCGACCUGGAAGUCAUCCUGGGUGACCCAGCCGCAGUGUCUGCCUGGUGUCGCCAGCAGCUGCAGCGGCCGCCAGGGGAGCGGCCAGGCGGCCUGACCGCCGAUCUCGACACGCCGCGGGGCCGCGUCGAGUUGCUACUGCAGCCCGAGCUGCUGCUGCAGGCCGUCCGCGAGGCAGUGCCACAGAAGGUGGAGUUCUGGAAGAGUAGAGAUGAUGCAAUGGGGAGGGGGUGGAUGGUGAACUAUUUUCCACCUCGCACCUACCACGAGCGCCUGUCGAUGGUUAUACAGCACCUUGACCAGGAUCUGAGAGGCACCCUUGGCCGCAUACGACCAGAUCUGGACGGUACGACACUUGACGCCAAAGCCAAAAUCUGGCGCCGCGAACUGGAAGACUUGUGGUCCGGUGGCCGGCUACGAAGGGCGGUGGAUGCGGCCAGGAAGUGGCCGGACAACUGGAAUCUAGCACAGUUCUACGUGGCAAAAGAUACGGGGAAGACACAUCAGACUCGCUCCGAUGCGACGGUGCAGCAUCAGCAGCAGUGAUAGAAAUGGCAGACAGCUGCAGCGGCUGCACGGAUGGCAGACAGCUACAGCGGCUGCACGGGCUGUGAUAGACAGAGCAGAAACAGCAGCGGAUGCACGGGCAGAGAUAGAGACAAAGCAGACAGUAGCGGCUGCACGGGCAGAGAUUGAGACAAAACAGCCAGCAGCGAAUGCACGGGCUGCGACAGAGACAUAUCAGAGACGCAGCGGCUGCACGGGCAGAGAUAGAGACAAAGCAGACAGCAGCGGCUGCACGUGCAGAGAUUGAGACAAAGCAGCCAGCAGCGAAUGCACGGGCUGAAAUAGAGACAAAGCAGACAGCAGCGGAUGCACGGGCAGAGAUAGAGACAAAGCAGACAGCAGCGGCUGCACGGGCAGAGAUUGAGACAAAACAGACAGCAGCGAAUGCACGGGCUGUGAUAGACAUAUCAGAGACGCAGCGGCUGCACGGGCAGAGAUAGGGACAAAACAAACAGCAGCAAAUGCACGGGCUGAAAUAGAGACAAAGCAGAGACAGCAGCGGCUACACGGGCUGUGAUAGACAUAUCAGAGACGCAGCGGCUGCACGGGCAGAGAUAGAGACAUAUCAGAGACAGUAGCGGCUGCACGGGCAGAGAUAGAGACAAAGCAGACAACAGCGAAUGCACGGGCUAAAAUAGAGAGAUAACAGAUAAUAGAGACACUAGACUGCGGUGGAGAUGGAGCAGCAUGAGAGACGGUGGCGGCGACAGCAGUGACAGAUACAGCAGGAGAGACAGAUAUAACAGAUAGUGCGUUUGACGGCAGCGGCGACCCAGGCUGCGAUGGCGACUCAGGCAGUGAUACAGACAGAGGUAGCGACAGUGACACAGACAGCAGCAGCGACAGAGACAGCAACAGAGACAGCGGCGAUGACAGCACUGACAGACACAGAGCAGAGAUGAUGGACAGCAAUGGCGGGAGGCACGGUGACAGAGACUGCAAUAGUGACAGAGACACAGUACAGGCAGCGGCAGUGAUAGAUAGAGACCAAUAAUAUAUAGUAGUAGCGUAGCAGUGAUGGAGACAAAGAAAAUAAAGCAGCAGCGGACGGGUGACAGAAGCCGUGGUAACAGCUAAGGGGACCACCCAGCCAGAAGCUGGGGAAAAAAAACAGACCGACAGCAACUGGAGUGCCAGGAACGCGUGUUCAAGAAUAGCGGCGAUGCGCUGGGAAACCACACUGUUGCCGACAAACUAGGCGAAUGUCGCGCCGCCGAUGCCAAGCCGAGCCGCCGCCGCGCCGCCCCUCACCCCGCCCGCCGGUCCCGACGCCGAGCCGGGCCGCCGCCCGCCCAGCGGCCACCUGUCGCCGCGCAUGGUUUUUCUGAGACAAGCAAUGGGCCAUAUCGACGCCGCGAACGGUGGACUGGCGUCCCCCUGUGACCCUGCGACCCGGCUGACCUGUGGCCUGUUCCGAAUGGGGCCGGCGGGGCCCUGGGCCUGGGAACUAGAAGGGUGUGUGAGGGGACGCAGCGUGCCGGCCGCCUUUUUUGUGCUCUGUGUCACGACCCCUGUAUCGAGUGACAUUUUGGCCACGUAUUUGAACCGAUACCGGGCUCAGCUCGGUCUCACUUCACUGUUAGUCGCCGACGAGCUCACUUCGCUCUCAAACGCGGACGGCGGCGCUCUGCUGCCGCUCACGUCUAACUUUUCUAACUACUGUGUCUGUGCUGUACUGCUGCCAUCUCGCCGUCUUCGGUCAAUAGCGAACUCUUCUAUUUAGAA